CAGAAACCUAACUACAGACCACCCAAUGUCUCCAUUCUCAGUCAGGGUAUUUUUCAGGGAUUAAUAAAUGGCACAAAGUUGUACAGAGGGGAAGUAUUUGGACGUGCUGCUGCGAGAGUGUAUGCCCUGCAGCAUGCGCUGUAAUGUUUCAGGGAUUCCCACACGCUGUUCAGAAUACUGUGUGGGCUGGAGAUGCAACGAGGUGUCUGGCCAGUUUUAUGACAGAUUGCUGAAGAAGUGUUUGAAGUGCUCAGAGCUGUGUGGCAGUCACCCACCGCAUUGCUCAGGGGUGUGCAAGAGCACAAAUGCAGUGACCGUGUCACAGAGACCUAACGGUGUGUCUGCAGUACAGUCGAUCAGCACAGGAGGGCACCCGACAGCUCGAGCAGAGCUUUACUCAGAGCUGCUGCUGUAUUCACUGCUGGGUCUCUGUAUAGUUGUGCUCACGUGCACAUUGACUGCAGCCAUACUGGUUCUCCUGAAGAGAGCAAAGGGACACCAGCAGGAGCACCAGAAGCCAAAUAAACAUGGACAAUCAUCUGAAGAUUCUCUGAUGGCUCGGGAAGAUGAUGUCUCUCAGGAGGGCAGUGUGAAUCAGGACAGACCGAGGGCGACAGAAACCUGUGCUUAUUGCUUCUCUGACCACACGAGGGCGCCACACGUGCUUUACCAGCAGGCCGUACCUCAGCAGACACCACCCGCGUGUCAGGACAGCCGUCGCCAUGACAACGGGCUGCUCUAUCAUCCGGCUAACGCUAAUUAUGACAAGAGAAGAUCCUUCCGAAUUAUAUGUUCACCUACACAAACAAGCAUGUGAAUAUUCAUAUCUGCCAUUUAAAUAUCUGUGCGGGGGAAGAAACAGAAAGUAAACGUAUGUUUGGUUGUUUAUUAAAAACUGAUUGGUUGCAAUAGUAAAUAUGUACUGAACACGUUUCCUCUUUAAUUCCUAUGGAAAAUCAAACUUAAAUUCGUUUUAAGAAACUUUGCAUUUAAUAAAGCACUG